AUGUCCGAGAAACCUUCGCCUACCAAGUUAGCACAAAUCAUGCACAAGUACAGAAAUCUCAUGUGUAUUGUACUUUUCAUGUUACUUUUCGGUUGUAUAAUAUAUUUUGGUCUCACUCUCGGAAACAAUUUACCAAUGGAAUUCGCCAUAGCUGAUGCCUCAAUCAAGCAGUUCAAUCUCACAAGCAACAACACCUUAUACUACAAUUUUAAGGUCAAUAUUACUGCGAGAAACACAAAUUACGGCCAUCUGUUUGCGAACAUGAUGAUGAUGAAAGCGAUUUCAUCUUAUAAAGGUAAUAAAUUUGCUGAAGUGGAUAUGACACCCUUGGACCCAGGUUUUAUGAAGACCAUUGUGCUCAAACCUGUCGUGUUUUACGGCAACAGUUUUAUCAAACUCAGUGAUCAACAAUUUAUUGAGUAUGAUAAUGAGACACGAUUGGGGAUUAUUAAUUUAGAUUUGAAAUUAGAUUUGGAAUCUAAUCAAUAUGUUUAUUGUCUAGGUUUGAGAGUUCCUUUGAUUUCUAAUGGAAAAUUAGAAUCUACUUUCAAUGUUACCCACUGCACCCGUUAA